GAUCCCGAAGCGGAGCGGAUCUGGACCAGUUGUGCCCAGAGCAUCCGGAGCCAGGUAAGCGACGCGGUUUGGAGGACCACCUUCAGUGGCGCCAGAGCGACCGCCUUCGAUCAGCGAUCUCUGACCCUGGUAGUGCCGACCAGCCUGCAGAAGGCCCGCAUCGAGCGCCGCUACUUCGACCUGCUCACUGACGCCAUCGAUGAAACCGAGCCUGAUGUCACCGUCCGCAUCGAGAUCGAUCCGGACUGGACGGACACCGGUGAACGAGCGUCCGCGGAUGUGGCGGGCGAGGCGGUCCAGACAGAGCGCGGCCCCCAGGCCGCCAGCUCGAACACCGACUCGGGUCCCUACACCCGGCUGACCUUCGAGCAGUUCGUUACCGGAACCUCCAACCGCUUCUCGCACGCCGCGGCGCUUGCCGUGGCCGAGACCCCGGCCGGGGCCUACAACCCGCUGUUCAUCCACGGCGACUCGGGACUCGGCAAGACCCACCUGCUACGGGCCAUUUGCCACUACGUCAACCACCACUACCCGUCCUACAAGGUCCGCUACGUCACCAGCGAGACCUUCCUCAACGAGUUCGUGCAGGCAAUCCGCAACAGCACGCAGCCUGAGUUCAAGCAGGUCUACCGCAGCAACGACGUUCUGCUGGUGGACGACAUCCAGUUCAUGGAGGGCAAGGACGGCCUUCAGGAGGAGUUCUUCCACACCUUCAACGACCUGCUGCAGAACGGCGCCCAGAUCGUCCUCUCCUCGGACCGCGGCCCCGAUGCCAUGCCCACGCUGGAGGACCGGCUCCGGAGCCGCUUCAAGUCCGGCCUCAUCACCGACAUCCAGCCGCCGGACCUUGUGACUCGUCUCGCCAUCCUGGAGAAGAAGGCUGAGUUCUCAGCCAUCGAGAUCCCCGGCGACGUGCUCUCGUUCAUCGCGGAGAACGUCACCGACUCCAUCCGGGAACUCGAGGGCGCGCUCAUCAGAGUCACCGCGUAUGCCAGCAUCACCGGCCAGCGCUGCUCCUACGACUUGGCCAAACGCGUGCUGGCCGACCUGAUCGACAACACCACUCAAAGGCGCCGUCACCGUGAAAUCGAUUCUCAAGGCCACGUCGGAGAGUGUUCGACUUCACGCUGGAUCAGAUCACAAGCGGCAGCAGGCGUCGGCCGCUAG